AAUUAUUAUUAUUAUUAAUGAGAAAACAUUAAUAUAUAAUUUUUAAAAAAAAAAAAAAAAAAAAAAAUGGGAUCUAAAGAAUUAAAAGAUCAUGAUGAAAUUUCAAAAAAAGUAAUUAAAAAAAAAGGAGUUUAUAAAAAAAGAAAAUGUCAAGAUUGUUUCUUUUUAUUAUUAUUUUUAGCAUUUUGGGCAGGUAUGAUUGUAAUUGCUGUUUAUGGUGUUAACCAUGGUAAUCCUCAAAGAUUAGUUAAAGGAACAGAUUCAUAUGGAAAUAUUUGUGGUGUUAAUAAUAUUGAAGAGGGUAAAUUAAAUGCAACCCAAGCAAGAGAUUUAAGGGAUAAGAAAUAUGUUUAUUUUAUUUAUUAUACAGAGUUAUCAAUCACAUUACCAACAUAUCGUGUAGUUUGUGUUGAUGAAUGUCCAAAUGAAACAUUUUUAAUUCCACAAAAUGAGACUGAAUUAAUUUGUGAUUAUGAUACUGUACCAUCAUUAGAAGCAAUUUCACCAAAUGGGACAUGUAUGGGUAAAAUUUCAAGUUCACCAUUUAUUAACCGUUGUUUACCCAAUAUAAUUGUCAAUGGUACCCAAACUAUUGCAGAUAAGAUCUAUCAAUUUGUAAAUAACGAACUUUCAAAAGAUACAAGUGUUAAAGUUUUAACCGAUUUAGCAACAUCAUGGCGUUACCUUAUUUAUGGUGCUUUAAUUGCAAUGGGUUUGGGUUUAGUAUGGAUAUUCCUUUUAAGAUUUUUCGCUGGUUUAAUAACAUGGUUAACAGUGUUUGCCGCUUAUGCUUGUUUGGGUUUAUUGACUGCUCAAGUUUAUUUCCAAUGGCAAAAAGCUUCCGAUAGAUAUGAUGAAACACCACCAUCACAGCGUUUAACAAUGCAAGAGGAUAAUAUAUUGGCACUCAAGGUUAUUUUCAUUAUACUUUGUGUAAUUUGUGGUAUCUUUGCAUUAAUCCUUUUAGCAUUGUUCUCUCGUAUUCGUAUUGCAAUUCGUAUCAUCAAAGAAAGUAGUAGAGCUGUUGGAAUUAUGCCAUCAAUCUUUUUCUUCCCAGUCUUUAUAUUCAUUCUUUUAGCUGGUUUCAUCCUUUAUUGGGUCUAUAUUGGUAUAUAUCUUGGUACUGCUGGUGAACCUGAGUACGAUGAAAACUAUAGAUUCAUUGGUUACAAUGCCGAUGACACACUUCGUAAAAUACAAAUUUAUCACUUUUUUGGUUUCCUCUGGACUAUAGCAUUCAUUUUAGCAUUAAAUCAAACCACUAUUGCCGGUGCAGUCGCAUCUUGGUAUUGGGUUCAUGAUAAAAAAGAUACACCAUUCUUCCCAGUUUGGGCCUCGUUAUGGCGUGUUAUCCGUUAUCAUUUAGGUUCUGUUGCUUUUGGUUCAUUAAUUUUAGCAAUUGUUCAAUUCAUUCGUUGGGUUUUACGUUUCUUAGAAAAGAAAUUCAAAGGUAAAGAAGCUUAUUUUGCUCGUUUCAUAGUUAGAUGUUUAAAUUGUAUUUUUGGUUGCUUUGAAAGAUUCAUCAAGUUUUUAGAUAAAAAUGCUUAUAUUAUGAUUUCAAUUUAUGGUUACUCUUUUUGUGAAGGUGCUAAAAGAGGGUUCCAAUUAAUUUUAACAAAUAUUUUAAGAGUAGCAGCUGUAAAUAUGGUUAGUUCAUUUUUAAUGUUUUUAGGUAGAAUUUUUAUUACUGCUGCAACAGUUGGUAUUUCACUUUAUCUAUUGGAAAGAUUCGAAAAUUUAACUUUUUAUGUUAUUCCAGCAAUUUUAAUUGGUUUCAUAGCUUUUGCCAUUUCAACUGGUUUCAUGUCUGUUUAUGAUAUGACUAUCGAUACAAUUCUUUUAUGUUUCUGCGAAGAUUGUGAAAGAAAUGAUGGUUCGGCUGAACGUCCUUACUUUAUGAGUAAGCGUUUACAAAAGUUUGUUAAAUAA